AUGGCCCUCCUCAGCCCGCACAAUAAAGUCUUGGAACCCCGUGCCGUGGGUGACGGAGCCGGAGCGGGACAGCUUGGGCCGAAUACCCGCGUAGUCGGGAGCGAGAGCGUCGGGGUCCACGGCAGGGAGGUAGUCGCGGAUCUCGUCUAUGGCGAGGGCGAGGCGGGCGGAGCUGACGGACAGGUCCUCCGGGGUGUCGACCCACUCGACGUCGGGGCCGAAGCGGAUGCGCCCGGCGAGGUCGAGGGUCAGGUGGGUGCCCAGCCCGGCGUGACCGGGGCGCGGGGCCGGGUAAAUGAGGCGCGAGAGGCGGGGCCGCGACGCGCCGUAGGAAAAGUAGUUGCCCUUGGCGAAGUGGAGGGUCAUGCGGCGGUCGGGGCCGCCACCAUGUUGUGCACGCGGGCGCAGCCCAGCCCCGCGGCGUUGACGACAGCGUCGGCCGUCACGCUGGAGAUGUCCCCGUUUCCACCCCAGCAGCGCCGUCAUGAACCCGUGCGAAUCCACGAUCCCCGUCUCCGGGCUCUCCAAACACCCGGCCGCCGCGCGCACGCCUUCCCCGUCCCGCGCCACCUCGGCCUCGCCCACCCAGCGCACCGGCACGUCCAGCUGGCCCGCGAGCCUCGCCACGCCCUCGAGCGCCCGCAACUGCGUCUCGUCCUGCGCCACGAUCCACUUGCCCGUCUUGCGGUGCUCGACGCCGUGCUCUGCGCAAAAAUCGUACAGGAGGUGCCGGCCCCGUAUGCACAGCGCCGUCUUGAGGCUGUCGCGCCCGUAGUAGAGCCCCGCGUGGAUCACCUCGCUGUUUCGCGACGACGUCUCGGUCCCGUGCAUGGCGCGGCGCUCGAGGAGGAGCGUGGGGCCGAGGGCCGCGAGCGAGCGGGCGCUCGCGAGGCCGACGACGCCGGCGCCAAUGACCUGGAGCUUUUUGUCAGUUUGAAGCGCGUGCACCCCACUCUCGCGAUAAUGAUGUGUGGUAUUUCAUCAGAUGGAUGA